UCGGGCAGCGGGCCCCGACCGCCUGACUGCUGCCGGUGCUUGUGUUAGGUGCUGCUGCUGCGGCGGAGACUUAGCUGGUGGCGCAGAGGCCGAGCCCCAGGUGGAGGUGAAGCCCCUCCGGCGCCGCCUCCGCUUUUGUGGCUCGGCGUCGGCGGCCUCUGCGGCGGUCCUGGACGUCUUGGGGGGGAUCUGCGCACUGCCCGGGUGAGGAUGCGGCUCUUCUACCGGCUGCUAAAGCAGCCGGUGCCUAAGCAGAUAGAGCGCUACUCCCGCUUCUCUCCGUCGCCACUGUCUAUCAAACAGUUCCUGGACUUCGGAAGAGAUAAUGCAUGUGAAAAAACUUCAUAUAUGUUUCUGCGCAAGGAGCUUCCUGUGCGACUGGCUAACACAAUGAGAGAAGUUAAUCUUCUGCCAGAUAACUUAUUGAACCGACCUUCAGUGGGAUUAGUUCAGAGUUGGUACAUGCAGAGCUUCCUUGAACUUUUAGAAUAUGAAAAUAAGAGCCCAGAAGACCCACGGGUUUUAGAUAACUUUCUCCACGUUCUGAUUAAUAUCAGAAACAGACACAAUGAUGUUGUUCCUACAAUGGCCCAAGGCGUGAUUGAGUACAAGGAAAAGUUCGGGUUUGAUCCAUUCAUUAGCAGUAACAUCCAGUAUUUCCUGGAUCGGUUUUAUACCAACCGCAUUUCUUUCCGCAUGCUUAUUAACCAGCACACACUUCUGUUUGGUGGUGACACUAACCCUGCUCAUCCUAAACACAUAGGGAGUAUUGAUCCCACCUGUAAUGUAGCUGAUGUGGUGAAAGAUGCAUAUGAAACAGCCAAGAUGCUCUGUGAACAGUAUUACCUGGUAGCUCCAGAGCUAGAAGUGGAAGAAUUCAAUGCCAAAGCACCAAACAAACCUAUUCAGGUAGUUUAUGUGCCGUCACAUCUGUUUCACAUGCUAUUUGAGUUGUUCAAGAACUCAAUGAGAGCAAUUGUUGAACUAUAUGAAGACAAAAAAGAGGGUUACCCAGCUGUUAAAACUCUCGUGACUCUGGGUAAAGAAGACUUGUCCAUUAAGAUAAGUGACCUAGGUGGUGGAGUCCCACUUCGAAAAAUAGACCGUCUUUUUAACUACAUGUACUCAACUGCUCCCCGACCCAGUCUGGAGCCUACGAGAGCUGCUCCCUUGGCUGGCUUUGGGUAUGGCUUGCCCAUUUCUCGACUGUAUGCCAGAUAUUUUCAGGGAGAUCUAAAACUGUACUCCAUGGAAGGAGUGGGUACCGACGCUGUCAUUUAUUUGAAGGCCCUUUCAAGUGAAUCUUUUGAGAGGCUGCCAGUUUUCAAUAAGUCUGCAUGGCGCCAUUACAAGACCACUCCUGAAGCUGAUGACUGGAGCAAUCCCAGCAGUGAACCAAGGGAUGCAUCAAAAUACAAGGCUAAACAGAUAUCUUCAACUUCUCAUCAAACUGCAACAACAGCAACGAGGAGCAUCAGGGGGGAGCAGCAGCAGCCUUCUUUCUUGGAAAUCCCUCUCACUGGGCUCUGGCAUUUAUUCCCGCUUCAGAGCCCUCAGAGUUAAACUACCUAGCAAAGAGGGACAAGUUCAAGACUAAUAGAACUUUCUAGAAAAUGAGUGCUGCGGUCAUCUCUGAAGAAAGAUUAUCUUCGCAAAGGCAACCAAAGACCCUUAUUUCUAACAGGUCUUGUUGGUGGCACUAUUGUUACUCCCAAUGCUUAAAUAUGUUGCUUCCUUUAUAUUGGCUCAGUGUUUUUAUGGAACCUUUCCUGUAGUUACUUCAGUUGUAUCUUCCACUAAGUUGUAAACGGAGCAGUUUGUCGUGGUGUCUUGCUGUGCCAUCAUUAGCACCCAUCACAAAAGAGCACAGAAACUCCUUAGCGCUCUUGUACCCUAUACUCUGUAUCUUGCUUGUUAUGGGUUUUAGUGUUUGAAGUCUUCCCAGGAUUUGGAGCUCCUUCCUCAUUCCAGAUAGAGCAACUCCUACUGUUGCUGUUUGUGACCAAAACUCUAGCUAGAGCCGGGGAGGUCUGGAAGUGGAAGGCAUCAGUGGAGCACAUCUUGAAAAUUCGGUCCCAGGGUUCUUCCUGUCCCAUGUUCAUCCCCCCUUCACUCUGACUUAGACUUUUGCAGCCUUCUGACUGUGUUCUCAUUUUGAGGUGUGCUAUUUUGAUGUUAGAACCUGUUCAUUGCUAUUAAUUUGACUUUAAAGUUCAUUUGCUUACUUCUGUUCCAUUGAUUAAAGCACUCUAAAAGUUG